AUGGCACCUUUGCUAAGCCCAUCAUUUGCAUACACAGUGGUAUAUGUGAGAGGCGUAGCUAAAUCCGUUGAAUUUUACGCCACCGCCUUCAGCCACAACGUUCGCCGCUUGGAUGAGUCGCACAGAUAGGGAGAGCUAGAAAGCUGACAAACGACGAUAGCUUUUACCCCAAUCCACCAGCUUGAGACGGAUACGGAUGUUAUAACAGGGAAGGUCCAGACCCCGGAUCCUAUCCGGAAGAGACAGCCAGUUGAGAUUUGUUUUGAUUAUCUUGAUGUCGAUGCUGCAUACAAGAGAGCAGUUGAGAAUGGAGCAAUGCCGGUGAGUGAGCCAGAGGAGAAAGAAUGGGGACAAAAAGUUGGGUACGUUCGAGAUAUUGAUGAUGGAAUUGUAGUGAGGAUGGGGAGCCCUGUGAAUCCACCUUCUAAACCACACCAACCCUGAUUCAUUCAAGAUGGCACUCAUAUCAUAAGAUGGACGGAAUUCAGGGCAUGUGAUCCUGGAUUAAUGUGGACGAACGAAACCUGAUGGUCUUGUCUUUGCAAGUUCUCUGGGAAUUUCAAAUUUGUUGCUUGGCUUUUUGGCUUGUAAUUCUUGUUGCAUAGCAGUGUUUUUUUCAAAAUAAAAUUUCAGUGGGCUUGUAAAUCU